CGAGAAAGAUACGACAGAUACAGAGUGAGGAAUAGCGAAAAUAUAGCGAAAAUUUCCGCACAGAGCAUUUGGUCGCGUCAAACGUCUCACGCUUUUACAAACCAGGAGCCCUGCCGUGGAGGGCGUGGCGCACUGUCCGAACUGCGCUGGCAGAAAUCGUGCCAUUCGGCAUCAUUCGUUGAUGCUACCGUACCACGCACGGAGAACCAACCACGCGAAGCUGCAGAAACGACGAGAAGGAAUACGGAACCGCGCUGCAAACCAGGUGAUGCAGCGAAGGGCGUGACGAAUCUCGUGCCUCCUCCGUUCCGCUCUGCGCUCGCUUCACAAAGGCCAGCAGCAACGAAGGAAGGAAGCGUCACAGCUGCGGAAGCUGAUUCCUCUGCCAUCUUGUGUGACCAAGCGGCUGAGCAUCGUGAACAGCGUGGUUGUUUGAAUCUUGUCAAGGCAGGUGCAAUGGCUGAGCAGAAACCUGGGCUCGCUCUGCUUGGAGCAGGAAUCUUCGCAUGUUCGCAAUAUGUGCCCACAUUCAGAGCUAUAACUGAUGUUGCCACGCUACGAGUUGUUUGGAGUCGAUCUCAGGAAGUGGCGAUGGAAGGAGCACUAUUAUGCAAGGACUUCUCACCAGAUGUGCAGGCCAAGUGGGGAGAGGAAGGUUUGGAGGAGAUUUUUGCAGAUCAGAGCAUUCACGGUGUGACUGUAGUUCUUCCUGCUCAAGUUCAGUUGGGGAUCGUGAUUAGAUCUCUCAAAGCAGGGAAACACGUGCUUCAAGAAAAGCCUGUUGGUACAAGUGUGGCUGAACUUCGAGGUGCCCUUCAGCAGUAUUAUGAAAUCGCCACGAGUGGAGUGCAACCACCUAUCUGGGCCGUGGCUGAGAACUACCGAUUUGAGCCUUCACUUAUGGAGGCUGCAAAGUGGGUGAAGGAGGCUGGAUCUGUUUACUCUGUUCAAGUCACUGCCGAGGCUGCUAUGAACAGUACGAAUCCAUACUUUUCAAGCGCCUGGCGUCGGGACCCGGGAUUGAAGGGAGCAUUUGUGCUAGACGGAGGAGUGCAUUUUGUUGCAGGUCUGCGGCUGAUAUGUGGAGCCGAAGUCACAUCAACAUCAGCUAUUGCGCAACAUCUUGAACCGAAUCUGCCUCCUCCCGACAAUGUGUCGGCGCUGUUCCAAAUGGAUAAUGGAUGCACCGGAACACUAGUGAUGUCUUUUUCUGCUGUUACCAAAAAGAUUAAUUGGCGAGUACUUUGCUCGAAGGGUACCGUAGAUGUUGAGCGCAGUGUACAAGAUGGUAAACAUGGUUAUCUGGUUCAGUACUUCCCUCAGGAAGGAAAGGCCAAGAAGUUCUUCGCUGCCUUUUCAGGAGUGCAAGAUGAGAUCAAAGCGUUUGCAUUGGAUGUUUCGAAAGUGGUCUCUGGGGUGAAGACUGCAAGUGAAGCCGAUCCUCGAAGCUCAGUUUCAGAAGCAGUGUUCGACGUGGCCGUUGUGGAGGCAUUUCUCAGGUCAAGUGAUGCCAAGGGAAGUCUUGUCAGUGUAGAGUUAGUCUAGUCUUGGAUGUUCUUUGUCGGACCCGAAGCCUUCAUGUGCAUGCCAUUCUCCUUCACCUUAUCAGUAUCUCCAAAUCAUGUGAAGUGAUAUGAUGGAUAAAGGCUCCGACCAUUCUUUUGUCCAUGUAUCCUUGAAGGCACAGUAGAAAGACGAGAGCCUUCAGUUGAUUACGGAUUAUGGGCUCCUUAUAAUUUGUAGAAGUAGGCUCUAAUAGGUAUCCUAACUCAUGGAACCAGAUAUAAACGAUAAUAGUAUAGUAAGGAAAUAAACUUCCUCGAAGGACUGAGUAAAAUUUGAAAUUUUGAUCCUAGUACUUAUCCUGGAUACAGUAAGAGUACACUGUGUACUUCCCCACAUGUCAUGCA